CAGAGUGACAGAGAGCCAACAGCAGCAGAAAGUGGAUGAGAAGAUAAAGGGAUAAACUGCUCUGAGUGACAAAGCACCAAACUAUAACUUCAGCUAAAAAAUGCAGCAACAGUGGCUGUGUGUGGCUUUUUUGGGCCUCCUAAUGGUCACAGUUGUGCUGGCAGAAGGUGGAAAGGCAGAGAAGGCAGGCAAAAAGGAACGUAAGUCAGACUGUGGAUAUUGGCAAUGGAGUGUGUGUGUGGCAAAUGAGGGAGACUGUGGCUGGGGUACCAGAGAGGGCACCCGCUCUGGCACUGACUGCAAGCAGACCAUCAAAACUCAGCGCUGCAAAAUCCCUUGCAACUGGAAAAAGCAGUUUGGAGGUGAAUGCAAGUAUGAAUUUAAUUACUGGGGCGAGUGUGAUGUAGCAACGGGGUUGAAGAACCGAACUGGAACACUAAAACGUGCCCUCCCAGACGCUGACUGCCCCUCACCUGUCAUUGCUACCAAACCCUGUGGCAAGAUCAAGAUAAAAAAACAGGACACGCAGAAGCUAAAGCGCGACGGGAAGAAGAAAGAGCAAGCCCCAUCAGACUAGAGGGGAAAAGAGUAGAGCAGUCAUCUUCCUCCUCCUCCUUUUGCUCUCUGAUGGAACAAACAGAGAUGGCAGUAGUAGCACAUGGAUGGAUGGAGAGCAAAGAAGAAAAGAUGUGUUUCUUUUGGGUAGAACUUGUAGCUUAUUUUAGCCUUUUUAACCAUGGAUAUAUAGUACUAUAUAAUAUAUAGUAUAGUACUGAGCUGUUUAAUUAACUGCAAUGCCUAUUAGUUCUGAAAAUAUAAUAGAUAUGUACUAAAGGAAAACAUAUACUUAUGUGACCCAUGUUAAUGAUGAAGCCAGGACGAUCCGAGAAAAAUGUCUAAUUAGAUGUGAAUGCAGUAGUUUAUAAGUUAAGCAGUAUUUCCACAAUUCAUUGUAUAUUAUACACCGAUCAGCCAUAACAUUAAAACCACC